CGGCGCGGCCCCCCGCGCCGCCCGCCCCACAACAAAACUUGCCGCGCUCCCGGGAGCCCGGCUCCGAGAGACCUGCGGUCGGGACCGGAGGGGAGACGGGCCGGAGCGCGGGCCGGGACAGCAGCCGGACGGCGGCGGGACCCGCGCGUGCCAGGGGCGCGAGGCGAGGCGGGCCGAGAGGCGGGUCUCAGUCCAGAGGGCACCUUCUGCAAAUAUGUCUGUGGAUCCCUUAUCCAGCAAAGCCCUGAAGAUCAAGCGCGAGCUGAGCGAGAACACGCCGCACCUGUCGGACGAGGCGCUGAUGGGGCUCUCGGUGCGCGAGCUGAACCGGCACCUGCGCGGGCUCUCGGCCGAGGAGGUGACGCGGCUCAAGCAGCGGCGCCGCACGCUCAAGAACCGCGGGUACGCGGCCAGCUGCCGCGUGAAGCGCGUGUGCCAGAAGGAGGAGCUGCAGAAGCAGAAGUCGGAGCUGGAGCGCGAGGUGGACAAGCUGGCGCGCGAGAACGCCGCCAUGCGCCUGGAGCUCGACGCGCUGCGCGGCAAGUGCGAGGCGCUGCAAGGCUUCGCGCGCUCGGUGGCCGCCGCCCGCGGGCCCUCCGCGCUCGUGGCGCCCGCCAGCGUCAUCACCAUCGUCAAGUCGGCCCCGCCCCCGGCUCCGGGCCCCGCCCCCGGGCCCGCCCCCGCCGCCUGCUCCUAGUGCCCGCCGCCCCCCGCCCCGACCACGCCCCAUUCCCAAGCCACGCCCCUCCCACCCCGCUGCCUCCCCCAAGUGCCUAAGCGCCGUCUCCGUCCCCAGCUGCCAUUUCUCUCCAGCCAUCGUUCAUCUCCAGCCAUUUCUCUCCACCCUGUGGUGGACACACGUUCCCUCCCCAGAGCCAGUCUUCCUCGUGCAGCCCCUGAAACCAGGACCUAAUGGCCCUGGGGAGGGGCAACCUUGGUGAGAGAGCAGGUAGGGUGGGGGUGGGGUCUGGGGUCUCCAGAGGCUUAAAGUUCAGCCUUCUUAGAUUGGGAGGGUGGGAUAAGAGCGGAUUAGAGAAGGGCUGUUGGAGAGAAGAGGGCCACCCCUCGUUGUGCAAACUGCUCGGAUUGUGCCGACGGCCCCUCCGCAUCCUCCCAGGAUUCAGGACUGGGUCUGGCCUUGUGUGCGCUUGUGGGGCUGUCUCGCUGGGAAGCUGAUGCUCCACCUCUGCUUUGGGCCUUGAGGUGCCUGCCUUCCCCAGCUGGGAGAGUCGUUAGAAACUGCCUAGUGACGCCCAGUUACCAGAUGGGGAAACUGGAGGCCUCCAGCGGACUGACAGCGCCCAAAGCCACAUAUGCUUAGCGGUUGAACUGGAACUAAAAGGCAGGUCUCGCCACUGCUGCCUGGAGAUUCUAGCCAUGGUUGUCAGGGGGACAGUGGACAGGGACUGAGACAGUGGUGGGAGGGCCUCCCUGGCUGGGAGACAGCUCUCUGUGAGUCAGGAGAAGAGAAGUGGAGGGAGAGAGAAGGUGAUGCAGAUGGAAGUGAGGGAAGGAGCUGGCCUGGCUCAACCCUGGCCUCUCGCUGCAGCCAGGGAGCUGGCCAACCAACGAGAAAAGGGACCAAGGAGGUGACUACUGUGGCAGGUGGGGAGAUGAGAAGACAGAUCUUGUGGUCUUGCAGCCUGGGGGUGGGGUCCUUAAGAGGGAAGGGUCCCACCUUUCCCCCUGUGAGUGUCCACUGUGGCAUGGGGCUGACCACUGCCAUUGAUUGCCUUUCUCCUGGGAAGCUCAGCCCCAACCCCUCCCCCCACACUGUAUACAGCCGCCCCUCCCCGCUGUUUAUUUAUUGCACGAAUCUAAAUUAUUCUCCCCAGCCAGAGCCCUAGCACCCACUCCCUGGAAAAGUGGUGUGUGGCCCUGAGCUGGACUUUAUAUUUUAUAUCUGCAAAUAAAUCGCAUUUUAUCUUAUAUUUAGGGAAAGCCGGAUGGCAACAACCACCAAAAAAUGUUAAAAAAAAAAAAAUUGCCCGGCCCCCAGAAUUUAUUUAUUUUCUGACUUACAGUAAGCGAGUUAUCCGCCUUCUGUAUUUUGUAGACUUUCUGAAUAAAGUCAAGUUCUCUUUUUCCACA